AUGAAUGGACAUAUCCCGAAGAAAAAGGCAGUAAUUAUUGGAAUUAAUUAUAUAGAGACAGAGGGAAUAAGUUUAAGAGGUUGUGCAAACGAUGCAAAGUUAAUGGCUUUAACAUUGAUGUCUCAUUUUGAUUUCAAUGCAUCUGAUAUAAUAUUUCUUACUGAUAGUGAACCAGAUAGAGGCUAUGAUACUUUAGUUGAUUUUCAGGAGCCUGUUUCUUUCUAUGAUAAUUGGCCAAGAGACGAAAUCCCACCUGUAAAACAUCACGAUUCAAGAAUAUAUCCAAAUAAGAGGAAUAUUUUAACUGCAAUAAAUUGGUUAACUAGAGAUGCAGAAGCUGGUGAUAUAUUGGUAUUUUACUUCGCAGGACAUGGAGUACAAGUGGACGUUUUAACAUCAUAUGAAGGGGAAGGUUAUGAUGAAGCUCUACUACCAGUAGAUUCAACACUGUAUUUAGCUUCAAAUGGAUCUGAUUUAGAUGAGUAUAAUGUAUUACUUUGUAGUGAACUUAAGGAGUUAUUAUUGUGUGUUCCUUCAGAAACUCAAUUAAACGUAAUAUUAGACUGUAAUGGAGGUCAGACUAUUUUGGAUCCAGCUGGUAAUUUGAAUGGUAUGUGGUAUGUUAAAGGUAUAGUAACUAAAGGAAUUUGGCCAUUUCUUUCAGCCACUAAUAAGGUAAAAAGGGCACAUUAUAAUUCUUCAGUAUUUAAAGAAGAGCAAAUGGUUCAUAGACUUGUAAGACCAAGAUAUGUACCUUGUGUUCAAGUUGCUAAUACACAUAAUCUAAAAGAUCCAAGUCUACAAUCUACACAAUACGUCUCUCUCUCAUGUAAGGGAUAUUGUUUUUCUGCUGCUCCAUGGAGUCAAAUAGCUGCUGAAGCUUCUUUACCUUUAUUAUCGGUUACAAGAAAAACUCAGGUAACUGAUUCUUGUAUUGGAAAUGGUUUAUCAACAACUAGUACUCCUCCUUCUAAUUCACUGUCUUUUAAUAAUAUUGGAUCUCUUUCAUCUACUACUGAGUCUAAGUUAGGUGUUAUAGAAAUUCCAAUAUCUAGAGGAGGAGCUUAUAAUAUUAUACAUGGAGUUUUUACUUGGUCAUUUUGCAAAGCUAUUAGUGAUAUAGCUACUGGAAUAUUACAACAAGGAAGACCAAGAAAUGAACUUUCGUUCAAAACCAUUCUAGCAAGGGUUAGAGAGUAUAUUUCAUGCUUAAAAUCUUCGAUACUUCCUUAUCUAGAUCAAAAUCCAGAGUUAACAAUACAUUCUGGAGGAGCUGGUACUAUUUCUGAAUAUUUUUGUUCUCCAUUUGGUGGAGAUAAAAGCAUAGAUUUUAACUUUGAUUACUAUUUUAAAAUUACUGAUAACUGUAUAAGACAUUUAAAAAAGAACCAGAACUUUUUAAUACCUCAGGAAGCCUAUAAUUCUAUGCUUCAAGCCAAUAAGAAUGAAAAUCUAUUUUUCCAUUCCGUAAACACAAAUGCCUUGAACAAAUCCAUUAAUUCAUUUGAAAGUCAAAUUUCUAAAGGAGAUUCCCCUCCAACAUUUAGAGAAAACAGUGAUCAAGAAGGAGAAAAUAAAAAGGAUGAGGCUAAUCAGUUUGAAGAAAAGAAGAUAAAUACUAAUAAGAAUGUUAUCUUAAAUUCAGUUUCUGCUACUAUUUCAGCUCUUUCUCCAGUUUUAGCACCUGUUUCAGGCUCUGGAAUUGACCAAUUUCCACCGAGUAAUCAAAUACAAAGAUUUGAUCAGGGAUUUAUACAAAAUUCUUCCUCAGGUUUUAAUGAGGAUUACUCCAAUCUUCCUUUAUCUUCAGUUAACUUGGUUCCCCCAACAGCAAGCUUAUUUAACCCAAUAAGAUUUAAUAAUAGGAACGUAAAUGAAGGUUUCCCAAAUUACGAUUUGAAUAAUUAUGAAAUGGAAAACAACUUUUCAGAUACCAAUCAUUUUAAAAUGGAUACAAAUUCAUUUUUCAAUACACAAAAUAAGGCAGUAAACGGGGAAAUUCCACAAAGAUUUGAUGGAAAUAAUUCUAUAGGAUUCAAUACUUUUAAUCCUUACUCAAUGUUUGUUGGCACAGAGUUAUCCUCUAGAAACAAAAAUAAAAAACAUGAUUCUCAUAAUUUCAAAGCUCCUUUAGAUCAAAAUCAUGAUUUUAAACCAGUGCAUGGAGUGAUGCUUUCUAAUCCCAUAAAAAACAUUACACCGAGAAAUAUCUCUCGCCUUAAUCAAAUUACUCCAAAUCAAAGAUUAAUUCAUUCUAAAAACCAAUUCCAGAAUUUUCAUGUUUCUACAGGUAUGAAGCAGUUCCCAGUUUCUAUUUCCUCCUCGUCACAUGGUGUUACUAAUACCCCUCCAACACCACCCAUUUUUUCCUAUAGAUCGUCAGAUAAUUCAAAUUAUAUUAAUCAAACUUCAAACUUAAUUACUUAUCCCCCAAUAACUGCAAUGCAAUCUAUAAAUAAGCAUUUAGUUGCUCCCGUUAAAUCUCUCCCAAAUUCAAAUAAUUUUUAUCAACAAUUACCUCCAACUAGACAUAUUACAGGCUCUGUUAAUCAAUUUGUUAACUCAGAAUAUCACUCCAACUACAACACCACAGUGAAUCAAGUGAAUUUUGGAACAAAUGAACAAUUUUUUCAAACACCUAAUGGAUUCAAUAUUAAUCCAUUCCCACCAUCCAAUCAAAGCAAUAGCAAGUUCUAUCCUUCUUCUUUUAUCACCUAUCCUCCUCCUACACAACCUAUAAAUCAAUUUGGCGCCAACAUGUAA